AUGCUCCUCGACGAGGCGCCGGCGUACAGCGACGCGGAGGUGAUCUGGAACGCGACGCAGAUCCUCGGCGCGGGCUACGACACGACGUCGAACACGCUCGCGUUCACGACGCUGCUCUUGGCGUCGCGGCCCGAGUUGCAGCGGGCGCUCCGCGACGAGGUGACGGCCGCGGCGCCGGCGGGGGCCGUGGGCGCCGACGACGUCGCGAAGCUGCCCCUGUUGAACGCCGUGCUCAAGGAGUCGAUGCGCCUCUACCCCGCGGCGCCGUUCCUAGGGCGGCUCUACGAGAAGGACGAGGCCUUCGCCUACGGCGGGGCGACGUUCGAGCGCAACGCGAGCGCGCUCGUGUCGCCCUACUUGCUGGGCCGCAACGCCCAGGUCUGGCCCGACGCCCUCGAGUUCCGGCCGGAGCGGUUCCUCGGCGGCCAGCGCGCGGGCGACGCGAGCCACGCGUACGCGUGGCUGCCCUUCGGCUUCGGCGCGCGGGGCUGCGUGGGCAUGAAGCUGGCCAUGAUCGAGGCGAAGCUGCUCCUCGCGGGCGUCGUCGCGGACUUCCACAUGGAGCUCGCGCCGGGCCAGAGCCCCGAGCCCGACCCCGUCCUCGCGCUGACGCUCUCCAACGCGGGCGGCGUCCACCUGGCCCUCACGCCCGUCUAA